AUGGCCCGGACACGCUCCAAACCUACGGCGAAAACCAAAGAACCAUCCCCAGAACCCGCUCCGUCAACCGUCAAACCCCUCCCCAAGUCCACCACCAACCCACCAAAACUGUUCGUCCUGCCAAAAGACACUUCCAAAGACGCGCGCAUAGUCACAUUAGACAAUCCCGCAAAUGGCACACCGUCGCGCUACUACUUUUGUCCACAAAAAGGCUUCUACGAAUUCACACGCAUCGCUGCGCCAAAGAGGGACUGCAAGAGUUGGCUGAUCACGGGGGAUGCAGAAAGCGAGCCUGUCGACACAGAAGAGAGUGGCUCUGUGCGAAUAGGAAGCGGCUACAUCACCAGCGCCGCCGACUUGUUCAUCGCGACGCCCAUCGACCUACUCUUCCUCAUACUACCGGCGCUGGCGCCCCAGUCCGCAAAAGACACAAAACAGCAUUUCCUAGCCUUGGACGAUUACCUCGACAAGCUGUCCAAUUCCUCGCACCACUGGAAAGUUCUUCUGUCGCAACAUCCGUCAUGGAAGGACAAGGUGGAGAAGCGAAUGCAGGCAGUCUGCGACACCGUAACCGCAGCCGACGAAAUCAUGUACCGCCUCUCGCACACCAAACUCAGCGACGUCCUCGUCAAUAAAGCCCAUCGCAUGGUCAAGCGCGGACUGCCGCCCUCGCUCGAGGAGAAAUUCGUAAAGACGCCGCUCGAAGUGCCGGUAAUGAGCAUACGGCGUGAAGACAGCACCAUAAGCGUAAUCGACGCCAGCACCGAGACCAGCACCGGGACAACAGCUUGCACCACCACCAUUGAAACAUCAUCAUCGUCAUCAUCAACGACAACAACAGCAAUAACAACCCCAGACGACGCACCCACACCCUCCACAUCCACCACCACACCACCGUCAGACUCUCAACCCACCGACUCUCAACCCACCCCCUCCACCCCCCCAACCAUCCCCCCCCUCCUCCGCCUCCGCACCUCCCUCUCCUACCUAACCUCCUACCUACCCCCGACAGUCGCCACCGCCCUCCCACCCCUCCCCCUCUUCACCCCCCUAACAACCCACCUCGCCCACCUCUCCACCCUCACCGCCGCUGCCGCCGCCCAGCGCAGCAUCUCCGACAACAUGACGCGCAAGCGCGCAGUGCAAGAAGACGAUGAGCGCGUGGCCGAGCGCGAGGAGAAGAGGCGGCGCAAGGAGGAGGAGGAACGGAAGAAGAGGGCAGAGGGGAGGGGCGUUAGGGCUCUGCGCAAGGUGGAUACAAGUGGGAUGAAGAAGAUGAGUGCGUUUUUUGGAAAGGUGGAGAGGAGGGGUUGA